UUUGAUAAUUUAGAGAGCUUGAAAAUUGACAUUUUAGAAAAUUUAUGUUCUUGGAAAGAAUUGCGCUCAUCGAAUCAAAUCCAAUUUUGCUAAUAUAUUAUUUUGGUCUUUACAGAUGAACCGAGCAAUACAGGUGAAACCGGCGGACAGCGAAAAUAGAGGAGAUCGAAAGCUGUUCGUUGGUAUGCUGAGCAAACAACAGACCGAGGAGGAUGUGCGCCAGUUGUUCACGCCGUUUGGCACAAUAGAGGAGUGCUCUAUAUUACGAGGCCCCGACGGCUCCAGCAAAGGGUGCGCGUUCGUGAAGUUCAGCUCACACCAGGAGGCGCAGGCGGCCAUCACCAGCUUGCACGGGAGUCAAACUAUGCCGGGAGCCUCCUCGAGCCUGGUGGUGAAGUUCGCGGACACGGAGAAGGAGCGCCAGCUGCGGCGGAUGCAGCAGAUGGCCGGCAACAUGAGCCUGCUCAACCCGUUCGUGUUCAACCAGUUCGGCGCAUACGGCACCUACGCGCAGGUCAUCACCGAACAGCAGCAGGCGGCGCUGAUGGUGGCGGCGACGGCGCAGGGCUACAUCAGCCCCAUGACUGCGCUCGCGUCGCACGCCCUCAACGGCAUGGCCAACUCCGUCGUACCACCAACCUCCGACAACUUCUCCGGCCUGGCGAUAGGCACUGGCGGCCAACCGCUGAACGGCGCGCUGCCGUCGCUGCCGUCGCCCACUAUGCCCGGCUUCAACAUGGCCGCGCAGACCGCCAACGGCCAGCCACCGCCGCAGGACGCCGUCUACACCAACGGCAUUCACCAGUCUUUCACUGGACCUGUGCCAGUGACUGCCCAGGGCCUGCCAAACGGCGAGGCAGCUGCGCUCCAGCACGCCUACCCUGGCAUGCAGCCAUUCCCUGGAGUCGCUUAUCCAGCAGUAUAUGGGCAGUUCCCACAGCCGAUCCCACCACCGAUGUCGACCAUUGCACCCGCCCAAAGAGAAGAUUUUCUUAUGUUCCCAGGCUGCUCCAUCUCGGGCCCCGAGGGGUGCAAUCUGUUCAUCUACCACCUGCCCCAGGAGUUUGGUGACGCGGAGCUGAUGCAGAUGUUCCUCCCGUUCGGGAAUGUCAUCAGUAGCAAAGUUUUCAUCGAUCGCGCUACCAAUCAGAGCAAGUGUUUCGGCUUCGUGUCGUUCGACAACCCUGCGUCCGCCCAAGCGGCUAUCCAGGCAAUGAACGGCUUCCAGAUCGGCAUGAAGCGGCUGAAGGUCCAGCUGAAACGACCCAAGGACGCCAACCGGCCUUACUAA